AUGCCCGUGGACGUCUCGGGCCCCCAUGGCGGUGUUUCGCCUGCGCCUGCGCCUGCUGCAGCCCUUCGAUCCAAACCCAACAACAACUUCGCUACCUUUCCAUUACUCCAGCAGCUAGCUCUGUUGAGACUACCGAACGAGUUGCUCUCUUUGAUCGCUGAAUAUGUGUCUGAGAGACAUCCGAGUUUUGAUUACGCCGUCGAGUGUACAUCUCUUGCCGCCUUGUCCCUUACAUGUCGUCACAUGCGCGCCAUAUGCAUUCCUCACUUGUUUCGAGAUAUACCCAUUACGUCAGAUUAUCAUCUUGCCGCACUUGGUCGCUGUUCAAGUGCUCUCCUUCGUCAUGUUCGUUCACUAAACCUAUUCAUGGAUGCUGAAUUCCUAGAAGCUUGGAGAAGGAGUGCAGAUUUUCAUUUGGACCAUUUGGAUACGAAAGACAGUGGCAGUUCAACAGCCGUCGCCGUCGUUUUGCCCUUCGUUUCCGUUUUACGGUGUACACCUCAGCUUCACACGUUACGCAUCCGCGUUGCAGAAUAUACAGGCCGGAGAUCCGCAUGGAGAAAAUUUGGUCUUAGGAGGGCUCAAGGCAUCCCUCUAGCAAGAUCUUUCGAACUUGCUAAACAGUUAACACUCCCUCAUUCCGAGCAAUCAUUAACACUCCCCAAACUCAAAGUUAUCGAGGCGGAUGGUUUCGAAGAUGUUAACCCAUUAUUGCAAUUGGCUCCUAACCUCCAAGUGUUGCGCAUGUCUAUUUCUGCGGGGUUUUCCAUGGAUGCGAAUGCGAAAUUGGUUGAGGGCUUACGAAGUGUGCCCAAGUUGCGGGAAUUGGCUUUUUCCCCCGAUAGUCUUCGUCUUGCACAUACAACAAUGGAUGAGGACGAGGACGAGGAUGACGAUCAUGGCGACGUGCCACUGCCGCCGGCCGACGGAGGACGUAAUGAUCGGUAUAUGGUGGGAGAGUCUGGUGGUGGGAGCGCAGCGUUUGUGAAAGUUUUGGGGGAGAUGUUACCCUUACUGGAAGCUUUGGAUCUUCGCACGCGAUGGUACGGAUACGGUAUUUAUUAUUGUUCGAGCUCCGAGCCUAUUUCAGAAAAGGACCUUUUCACCGCUUUGGCGGAGAUGCCGAAUUUGAAACGACUUUAUCUUCCUUCUUCCAUCAUGACCUAUACCCAAUUCGAAGCACUUCGUACUCGUAUUCCUAUUUCUACACCUGACACUGCCAGAGCGGAUUUACCAGCUCUUAGGGCGGCUAUCGAUGUACGCCGACGCAUUCUAGAGGAGGUAGCAGCCGCUGAAUGGAGAAUUGUCCAACGAAUCAAGGAACAAGUAACGAUGGGGUUGGAACAUGCGUCUUUCGUACGGAAUUACUUCCCUGAUGAUCCGGUUCAGUAUGAAGUUCGUUAUGGUACGCGAGGAGGAUCCGGUGCCAGCAAUGGGAAUGACAGCGGCGGCUCUUGCGUAUCGCCGUGGUUGCGGUCACAGUCGCAUGAUCACCACCCGCCAGCUAAUACUAUCAGCGUCAAGCUGAUCCAGGCACGAGAUGGACAGGAAGCUCCGUGGCCGUAUGCGCCCGACUUGUCGCUCUCACAUACAUUGCGUCGUCUUUGGCUGUCCGCGUCCACUUCCACGUCCACUGCCACGUCCACCGCCGCUACUGCUCCGUCUCCGCCUCCAUCAACCCAAUCUUCAUCAGAAUUGAGAGUUACAACCAUGACCUCAUCAUCAUCCGUUGUCGCUAAGGUCCCUCUACCAAAGCGAAGUUCCGGUGUCAAUGGACCAACAACACCCACGUUAACGUUGGAUAAUUAUCGAACGGAGGGAUCAUCGUUGGUUAGGUCUAUAUUCCUUGGGAGCGCACUUUUUGCGUACUCCAGAUUCUUGGGGAGUUAUCAUUAG